AAAAAUAUGGUAAUUAGCUUGAGCAAGAAUCUAUAAAAACCAGCUACACAAGAAUUAUUCAUAAGAACUGGCGGCAAGGCAAUCCAGAAGAAAAUUUUCAUUCAUACUUUGUCAAAUUAAUUAAAACAUUAAUUACUAAUUAUACAUAUAUAUAUAUAUAUAUUUAAGACUUUAUUAAUUUAAUUAAAAAAAAAAGAGUGUAUGUGUGUAUAUUUAUCAGAAGAAAAGGUGGCGAAAAGAAGCAAGAAGAACAACAACAAUGGCGGCGAAGAUUAUUUGGAAGAAGAAGAAGAGAUGAAGAUGAAUGAUAUAUUAAGUCCAAUGAUACCAGGAUUUAGUAGAGAAAAAGAAAUGCAUCAAAUGGUUUCUGCUUUAACUUAUGUUGUUUCUGGUGCUGAUACUGCAGCUUCUUCUUCAUUAAAGAGUACUACUCAUGGAGUAAAAAGAAGCCAUGAUUAUGAAGAUGAUGAUGAAGUAAAGGGUAAAAUGAAAUUGUAUGAUGACUCAAUUUUCAGUGAUGUGAAACCAGUUUCAGUUUCUUCUACAUAUCCGUAUCUUCCUACAAAAGGGGGACCAAGCUAUAUGAUGCCCACUACAACAUCAAGCUCAACGGCAGCAGCAACAACAGCAACAGAAACAUUAACAUUUACAUACACUCAUCAUGAUUCCCCAAACAAGAAUACCAUCAACAUGGCAUCUCAAUCUCAACAACUUGGAGAAACAGGAACAGUAAUUAUACAACCAAGUAGAAGAAAAUACAGAGGAGUUAGACAACGUCCUUGGGGCAAAUGGGCAGCUGAAAUUAGGGACCCUUACAAAGCUGCCCGUGUUUGGUUAGGUACAUUCGACACAGCUGAAUCAGCUGCUCGUGCUUAUGAUGAAGCUGCCCUUAGAUUUAGAGGAAGCAAAGCUAAACUAAACUUCCCUGAAAAUGUUACUUCCCAAAACAUUCAGACAAAUCUACCAACAACCCAUUUAAGCUUUUCGGAUCCUCCACCAACCCAUUUAACACCUCUUCAAAACUCUCUCCAAUUACUUCAAAAUCAAUCAUCAAUGGAGUUUCUACAAGCUAAUUCGCAAGAUUAUAAAGAUUAUCUUGAUUAUUCGAGGCUAAUUACUGGUUCUUUUGAUGAUAAUCAAAGAGAUUUAAGGUUCAGUUUGUGGAGUCAAAUGUUAACACCUCCUCCACCGUCAAACAACAUUAUGAUGAGUACUUCAAUGUCAACCCCACAAUUAGCGUAUCGUGUGGAUGAGAUUGAUCCACGUGGAAGUCAAAGUAAGAUAGAAGAUUCUAAAGAAACAUCAAGUGGAACAUGAUUUGAGGAGUUGCCGUGGUUUUUAGUAAACACCUGUUUGAAGUAUUUAUUUCUUGUUUGGGGCUUUUGACUUUGAUUUAUACACACACUUGGUCAAAUCUAAUUUAAGAUUACUUACUGUGUGAUUAGCAUAUUGCCGUUUCGUUUUUUUUUUCUUUUUUUUUUGUAAUUACUCCAAUUUUGGUUUGUGGGAUAUAUUCAUGAGUGAUGCAAUAGGAGUAUUGUGGAGGCAAAUUUUCUUUGAAA